ACGAGGGGGCUGUAGGUGCGGCGACGCGGUAGAGCGGCUAUUCGUGGACGUCGGGGCGAAGUGUCUCAUUUAGCCACUCCAAAACAUCCGCUCGGCGGCGAGGGAGACGGGUCACAGGGAAAACCGACAAAAAGGCGUAUUACAGCUAAGUAUUUGUCCGGGCUUACGUUAGCGCGACGAAUUUGACAAUAUCGCAGCAAGAAAUUGCAUUUACAUAACCAGCUUUCCUAGUACUGGCGGCGGGGCAGCAGCCGGUCUUGCCACGGUGUCUUGCGGUCGUUUAGCUCGCACCCACUGCCUCGAAUUACGGGGCCAGUCAAUUACAACGUUUUUGCGGUCGUGCUUAAUUAACGUCUCCAGCUUUCGGGCCUUCCAGAGCGUUUUAGCACAUGAAUAUUCGCACAUCGUCUUUUCGCCGUUCAGAACAACAAGUUAUACAACAAGCCAGGCUGCCGCCGCUGCUCCUCCUCGGCGAGACGGGUCCUAAAGCCCGCCGGGUCGCCCGUCACAUUGCCGGAGAGCGCGCUCGGCCUUGUGCCCAAAUGGUUCAGCAGCCGUCGGUUUAUAAAUUCUUCGACAUUAUGGAAAAGGUUCUGUUAGAGCAAGGCUAAUUUAAAAAAAACAAAAAAGGAAAAAAAAAAAAAACAGGCGGACAGCAUUACUGAAAACAAAGGGGCUGUAUGCUAGAAUAGCAUACACGGAGUUUUCUUCGUACACUUGGAUUCCCGGUGGCCUUGUUUUCCCGUGUUUUAUUUUUUAAAUUUUUUAAUUUUUUUUUAUUUUUAAAUUUUUUUUCCAAAAAAUUCUUUUGCGUAACUGUCAGCGAGUCGGGAUUAAAAACUGGAGUGAGCGCACACGCAAAAAGAAAAACAGAAAGGAAAAAAGACUCUUGAUAUCAUUCGAAAGGGACAAAAAAAGGACCCGUCCAGUUGAGUAAUGGUCAUUAAUACGAUCCACUGGUUCAGGAAGGGCUUGCGGCUCCACGACAACCCGUCGCUCAAGGAAUCUCUGCUGGGAGCGGACAGCGUCCGCUGCAUCUACAUCCUCGACCCCUGGUUCGCGGGAUCGUCCAACGUCGGGAUCAGCAGGUGGAGGUUCUUACUGCAGAGUCUUGAGGACUUGGAUUCCAGCCUCCGUAAGCUCAACUCUCGUCUGUUUGUAAUACGAGGCCAACCCACCGAUGUCUUUCCCAGACUUUUCAAGGAAUGGAAGAUUACUCGCCUGUCUUAUGAGUAUGACUCUGAGCCCUUUGGGAAAGAGCGAGAUGCAGCUAUCAAGAAGCUGGCCUCUGAGGCCGGAGUGGAGGUGACAGUUCGCACCUCCCACACACUCUAUGACCUGGACAAGAUCAUAGAGUUGAAUGGGGGUCAGUCCCCUCUUACCUACAAGCGGUUCCAGACCCUCAUCAGUCGUAUGGAUGCAGUGGAAGUGCCUGCAGAGUCCAUCACGGCCGACAUCAUGGGAAAAUGCACAACGCCACUGUCCGAAGACCACGAUGACAAGUUUGGGGUCCCCUCCCUGGAGGAGCUUGGUUUUGAUACUGAGGGUCUGUCGUCAGCUGUGUGGCCCGGGGGAGAGACUGAAGCCCUCACACGACUUGAGAGGCAUUUGGAGAGGAAGGCGUGGGUUGCCAACUUCGAGCGUCCAAGAAUGAACGCCAACUCGCUGCUUGCCAGCCCGACAGGCCUCAGCCCGUACCUCCGCUUUGGCUGCCUCUCCUGUCGCCUCUUCUACUUCAAACUCACCGAUCUCUAUAGGAAGGUGAAGAAGAACAGCUCCCCUCCUCUCUCGCUCUACGGUCAGCUGCUUUGGCGCGAGUUCUUCUACACGGCAGCCACCAACAACCCAUGCUUCGACAAGAUGGAGAGCAACCCCAUCUGUGUUCAGAUCCCCUGGGACCGCAACCCCGAGGCACUGGCCAAGUGGGCAGAAGGCCGGACCGGCUUCCCCUGGAUCGACGCCAUCAUGACCCAACUGAGGCAGGAGGGGUGGAUCCACCACCUGGCGAGGCACGCCGUGGCCUGUUUCCUGACCAGAGGAGACCUGUGGAUCAGCUGGGAGGAGGGCAUGAAGGUGUUUGAGGAGCUCCUGCUGGAUGCAGACUGGAGUGUGAAUGCAGGCAGCUGGAUGUGGCUCUCCUGCAGCUCCUUCUUCCAGCAGUUCUUCCACUGCUACUGCCCCGUGGGUUUUGGCCGACGCACAGACCCCAACGGAGAUUACAUACGGCGCUACCUGCCCAUUCUGAGAGGGUAUCCAGCCAAGUAUAUUUACGAUCCCUGGAACGCUCCAGAGGCCGUGCAGAAGGCGGCUAGAUGUAUUAUUGGGUUGCAUUACCCAAAGCCCAUGGUGCACCAUGCAGAAGCCAGCCGUCUCAACAUCGAGCGAAUGAAACAGAUCUACCAGCAGCUCUCCUGUUACAGGGGCCUCGGCCUUUUGGCUACAGUUCCCUCCAACCCCAAUGGCAACGGUAACUGUGAGGGAUUCCAUGUUGAGGCAACACAUGAUGCCGCAGCUGCAUCUGGCUAUCGGAUGCCGGUUCACUCCCAGGGAGACUGGCAAAGUGGUGUCAUGAUGUACCUGCAGGGGGAUGCGCAAACCAGCGUUGGCACACAUCAGCAGGUUCCAGGUUAUGCAGGCACCAGUUCCAGUAUGAUGUGUUACACUCAAGGCACCCAGCAGAUUCCUGCCCCCGUUAUUCACAAAGGGCCUGAACACCACUCCACCACUCAGAGCAGUGGCAAGCGGCAUAGCGAAGACUCUGGAAAUGGCAAAAGCUCUAAAGUCCAGAGACAAAGUCACUAGAAAGGAGUACCUGCAGACUUGUUGACAAACGGCCCGUGUAUACAGCCAACACAAAGUGGAAGCUAAGACUUAAAAGCACUACAAUGUUUGCAUGAUCCCACCUUCAGCAGGAGAAUACAAACCUGCCGUUAAACACAUUCACAAGUAAAGGUUUCUCAAGCAAUCGGACUGUAUAGUAUCAUGUGGACUUCACGGCCUGGUGAGAGGCUGUUACACUGUGCUUAUCUUUGGGUUAAUAUUGCUGGGACUAAAGUCCUUGUGUAUAUAAUGAAUUUGCUAAUUUCAGCUCACAUACAACUUGUACAUAUUUGGAUAUUGUAUGUGUGUUUUCUCUCUUUGUGUAGCCAUAGACCCAUUGAUAUAUUUUUGAUAUGAGAAAUCGUUGUGAAUGGAUCUUUCUUUUUGAAAAUUUUCAAUAAAAACUAAAGCAUUUUUAGACCAUCCAUUCUAAAAAAUUGUGAGAAGUCUCUGCUAAUACAGCCGCCUGUCCUUGUUUAUUCUAUUUCCCCAAUUUUCACCUCUUUGAGCCAUCCGAUGUAUCUGUCAAAAAAAGUGUUAUAAUUUCCUUUCUCUAUCUCAGUACUGGUUAGCUCGUUUUAUUCCUUACCACUGUAGCGGUGGUUUCAGUUUUGACGUUGACUAUCAACUUACUGCCCUUGUCAAUGGUUUUUUUAGAAAACGUGACAGGAAUAAAGAGGCUUCAUAUCAUGGUGACCCACCUGUGUAAUUCCCAAUAAAUGUACCACUGGAGAGAACUGCUUCGUUUGCUUCUUGCUUCUUCUCAAUGUGCUUGUUUAAUUAAAACUGGGCUUAAUAUACAAA